AUGGCGACUGCCGGUGUGCCUCUUCCUGCAUUGUUCCUGCCGUGCAGUGGACAAUCCACUAUCCCGUUCGAUAUGUGGAUGAAGAUGUUCGAGAAUUACCUGCUCGCUAUUCACGCGGAGGGGAAUGACUGGCCCGAUACGAGGAAGCGUGAAAUUCUCCUACACUACUUGGGCACAGAAGGCCAACGUGUAUUUUAUACACUCACGAACAGGGCGGAGCCGCGGGCGGAGGCUGGAGCCAGGGCGGAGCCGCGGGCGGAGGCUGGAGCCAGGGCGGAGCCGCGGGCGGAGGCUGGAGCCAGGGCGGAGCCGCGGGCGGAGGCUGGAGCCAGGGCGGAGCCGCGGGCGGAGGCUGGGACCAAGGAGGAGCCGCGGGCGGAGACAGGGACCAAGGAGGAGCCGCAGGCGGAGACAGGGACCAAGGAGGAGCCGCAGGCGGAGACAGGGACCAAGGAGGAGCCGCAGGCGGAGACAGGGACCAAGGAGGAGCCGCAGGCGGAGACAGGGACCAAGGAGGAGCCGCAGGCGGAGACAGGGACCAAGGAGGAGCCGGCAGAACUGGCAACCAGGGCGGAGCCGGCAGAGCGGGAACCCAGGGCGGAGCCGGCAGGGCGGGAACCCAGGGCGGAGCCGGCAGGGCGGGAACCCAGGGCGGAG